ACGGUGUACCUCAUAGUGUAUAUUAUACGGAAUAAUAUUUAGAUAUUUAAGACAGAUUCAGUUGUUGUAAGCCUUUUUUGUCAGUGCGUGUACACGUUUUAUUUUAUUAUAUACUUAGUGAAGCAUGUGCUUCAGUUUGUUGUUGUAUCGAUUACUAAUGGGCCACACAAAUACUACAUUUAAUCAAGCAGUGGCAUCCAUGUUUCUUCGUCUCUGAGCUGAACAAUAAAAGGGUGUAUACCAUGACAUUUUCCUUGAGUAUAUAACUGAGCAACAACAACUGCAUAGUUACAGGGUGAUUAUGGCAAAAACGGCUAUCUAUAAAAAAAAGUAUUAUGAAAUGAUCUAUGGUUUAAUCAAUAUUAUUCUUAACAUUAAGUAACCUCAAAAACGGUAGGAAGUCCAAAAUAGGAUAAUACGGAAUUCCGAAAACUGCAGUGACCACAUCCAUAUUCAAAUCAUGUUUUGUCGUACACGUAAAUCGUAAUUCGUUUAUAAUUCGCACUAAUUACUUGAUAGCUUAUUUGUAUUGGAUAUUAUUUUUUUUUAAAUACUUUUAUUAUUCUUUAGUUUAGUUUGUGUUAUUUAUUCAUUAGUUACUUACUAUAUAAUGUUCUAACAAUAUAAACCUUUUGUCUAUUAAGAUCUAAAAUUUAAUAUAUCAAUAACAAUGGUGUUGUAAACAAAAUAUUUUUGGAAAAAAAGUGUAACUUGGAGUAUAAUAAUAAUUUUACCUUUGAUUAAGAGUUAAGAUGUACAUUACGAGAAUAAUAAUCGACACAUUCUAGUGUGAACAAACAGAUCCUUGUGUGGGAGAAAAAAAGUAGUUUUAUUAGACACCAUGUCAGUAAAAUAUGUCUUGGUGUCCGAUGAAGAAUAUGGUGAAGCUGUCGAACUACCGUUGGAAGAUAACGGAUCUUUAUUAUUGUCCACAUUAACUGCUCAGUUUCCUGGAGCAAGUGGUUUAAAAUUCCGCACCGAGAACAAUAUUGUAAGAGGUGUACGUUUAGCUGAUAACUGUUUCCAUGUUCCCGACAAUGAAUGGGGAAAAACACCAUAUUAUUGUGUAUUUCCUAAAGAAAACAAGAGAAAAAUUGAUGAUAAUGUUGAAAAUCCAACAGCCAAAACAAAAAGAUUGGAAACUAAAUUAAAAUGUUCGGAUCUAGUUGUUCUGAAUGUACCAUAUUCUUAUGAUGAGCAAAAAUUAAAAGAAUACUUUGGUCAGUUUGGAGAACUCCUCAUGUUACAAAUUAAAAGGGAUAAAAAUGGACAAUCUCGAGGUUAUGGUUUUCUAAGAUAUAGUAAUUUGGAAUCACAAGUGCGUGUAUUAUCGCAACGCCACAAAAUUGAUGGUCGCAAUUGUGAAGUGAAAGUUCCAAAAUCUAAAGAAGGUAAUAGUUCAGAACUUUCUGGAAAAGUAUUUGUUGGUCGUGUUACCGAAGAUUUGUCAGCUGAUAAUAUUCGUGAAUAUUUCAAUAAAUUUGGUGAAGUUAUCAAUGUUUUUGUACCCAAAAACCCAUUUCGAGGAUUUGCGUUUGUAACGUUCCUUGACCCGGAAAUAGCUGCUAGUUUAUGUGGUGAAGACCAUAUUAUAAAAGACGUUUCGGUACGGGUCUCUGAAGCUUCGCCAAAGCCACAAGUAUCUAAAAAUCGCCAUCAAACUCCUCCACCUAGUGAACCCUGGGAACGAUCUGGCAAUCGUCAAAAUGACAGCUAUCGAAAUUGGUAUCAUUCACAGCUUGAUAACCGUGGCAAUGUUGAUAUGCCAAAUCUUCAAUCUUUGGGUAUUAAUGGCCAAGACAACUAUAAUCCUAUGUUGCCAUUGAGCCCGGCUAUAGUAGCUGCGGCUUUAACACAGGCAGCGGGGUGGGGACUUGUCAAUGGACGUAUGAUGCCACCCCCACCUUCAGGAGGAAAUAACCAAUGGUCUCAACGAAAUAAUUACAACAAUAGAAAACGAUCUAAUAACGAUUACAACUCGUCAGGAAACAGAUAAUUGAAAUGACGGUAAUUUAAUUCUAAAAUAAAAAAUAGUUAUAACUUGUUAAAAAUAAUAAUAACCAUAAGUUAUUGUUACAUGCUAGCUACAAAAUUUGCCUCUUUUUAAGUAAUAUUAUAUUACUUGUAAAAUAUAUUUAAAAAAUCAAACUUUCAGCGUAUGAAUUUUUAUUCAAACCGCUUUUAUCUAUAUAUAGUUACAAUCUAUAAAACCUAUUAAAAAAGUACAAUUAUUUUAUUAAAUUGGGUUUUAUUAGAAUAUAUUUAACAAUUAAAAACUGUCUUUAUUUAAUGUAUAUAAGGUCCUUUGUUAUUUUUUAAGCAUAAUUACUAAUCAAGUUUUAUGAUACAAUGUAAUUGGCAAUUUUAAAUAUUUUAAUUACAUAAUAUAUUAUGCUACGACUGUGUGAAUGUAAUGUGAAUGAAUUGUUUAGGAUAAAAACUAUACUUCCAUAGAACUUAUUGUAAAAGUUAUCGAUUUAUUUUCUGUUCAAGCUUUAAUUCAGACAGUGAUGUAAAAAUGUAGGUAAUAUUUUUUUUUUUAUAUCUAUUUAAAGUAUUAUAGAUUUAUAAUAUUAUUAAAGUGAUAGCAUGUGAUGUUGUACAAAUAUCUAAAAAUACAUAAUGUCAAUUGCUCAAUUACAGCAGAACUUAAGCAAAAUUUUAAA